AGAGGGAAAUAGAGUAAAAGGAAAAGAAGAAUCAAAGGAAGCAACAUCCCAGCACUUGCAUUCUCUUGUAAAACUUAAUAAACAAAGCUUGGCCCUCGUGGGAGAGAUCCAGUCUUCCCAAUUUACAAUACUCUCUCCUCUUACAAAACACACUCUAAACGGAGAGAGAGAGAGAGAGAGAGAGAGAGGUAGAGAGGUGUCUUGUGUUGGUAGAAAAUAUGACAGCCGGAGGAUCAUCAGGAAGGCUACCAACGAUCAAGGAAAGAGAGAACAAUAAGAGAAGGGAGAGAAGGAGAAGAGCCAUAGCUGCAAAGAUAUUUACAGGGCUAAGAGCUCAGGGCAACUAUAAGCUACCAAAACAUUGCGACAACAAUGAGGUCUUGAAAGCUCUUUGUUCUGAGGCUGGCUGGGUCGUUGAAGAAGAUGGAACUACUUAUCGCAAGGGAUACAAGCCCCCAACACCAAUUGAAAUAGCAGGAGCUUGUAAUAACAUCAGUGCAUGUUCCUCCAUUCAGCCAAGCCCUCAAUCUUCAUCUUUCCCUAGUCCUGUGGCCUCCUACCAUGCCAGUCCAACAUCAUCCUCAUUUCCCAGCCCAACUCGCUUUGAUGCAAACCCCUCAACAUACCUUCUUCCAUUCCUUCACAACAUUGCUUCCAUCCCCUCUAAUUUACCUCCUCUUAGAAUAUCAAAUAGUGCUCCUGUAACCCCACCUCUAUCAUCUCCAACUUCUAGAGGUUCAAAACGAAAACCUGAUUGGGAAUCCUUUUCAAAUGGCUCAUUAAACUCCUUCCGCCAUCCCCUGUUUGCGGCAUCUGCCCCUUCAAGCCCCACCCGCCGCCAGCAUCUUGCACCUGCCACAAUACCAGAAUGUGAUGAGUCUGAUGCAUCCACUGUGGACUCUGGUCGUUGGGUCAGUUUCCAGACAGUAGCACCCUCAGCAACAGCAGCAGCAGCCCCUCCUUCACCUACAUUUAAUCUUGUUAAACCGGUGCUAAAACAAAAUUCUGUUCAGGAUGCAGUUAAUGGGCAUGGAGGGGUAAGCUGGGGGGUGACAACAGAGAGGGAGCGAGUUUCAGAGUUUGAAUUUGGUAGUCAUACGGUUAAGCCAUGGGAGGGUGAGAGAAUUCAUGACAUAGCUGUGGAUGAUCUGGAGCUUACACUAGGAAGUGGCAAGACGCGUUGAUAAAGCAUCUUACCAAAACCUGGAUUGACUUGAGAAUGUGUGAAUGGAGGAAAAAGUUUAUGUAGGUUUUCAUUGUGCAUUCUAAAUGGUGCUUGGUUUCUUUAGCUAGUCUAGUAUGUAUGGCAUCACUUGGGGGUCUCCUCUGGUUUCUGCAAUCUCUGGAAACCUUGAUUUCACAUUUGGUGAUGCCCGGAAUUUUCUUUAAUGUGUAUAGUUAGUAGUCUAAAUUAAAUGAGCCAUUACAGCUCUGAAGGAAUCUUACCUAUCAGAUUCCAUAGUGCAAACAUGCUGUGGGAAAGACUAAAGCAAGUGAUUGGGGAGGUUAUUGUUCACUUGUUUAUGUUUAGUGUCCUCUUAACUAUUCAUUAUCAUAGGAUUUAAUCCAAUUAUUAAUGUCAUAGUCUCCCAUGCUUUAAACAGGGUGAUUGUAUUCAAUUUCUGGUUGGGGAUCAGGGAAUUUUGUAUCCUUUAAAGAAAGAGAUGCUCGUAACAUUUGAUGGCAGUGAUUUAUUAGACCUAUUUUGUUGGCAAGCAAA